GAAACGAUUGAAACGAUAUAUUGAAUUUAAGGAAUAGGAUAAUUUUUUUUGAUUUGGGAAAAAAGGGGACAAACUCAAGUAUUUGAUAGAAAGAAAGAAAGAAGGAAAGAAAGAGAUCAUGAGUCUGCUUAGGGAUUUGAGUAAAUUACCAAGAAAUGUGUUGGAGGAACGGUUUAUUGAAUUGGAGCAGAUGUUGAACGAUUUCCAGGAAUCAUCGAAAGAUUUGGAAAAAGCAUUAGAAGAUGAGUUAACGAUUCAGGAAGAAACCAAUGAAAAAUUGAUUCAAACUAUAAAACUGAAGGAUUAUGAUAUAAAGAAGGAAAAAGUUAAGAAUUUGAACUUGAAUAACGAAUUGAAUAAAGUGCAGAACGAUGUAAUUAGUCAAAAGAAGCAUUAUGAAGAACAAAUUAACAAUUUGAAAUCGAGUUUGGUGUCAAUUGAAAUAUCAAAUGAUUAUAUGGAAUCAAAUGAUCGAGUAUUACAAUCGAAAUUAGAAUAUUCUAAUCAAUUUAAUAAUGAGUUGUUAGAAAAACUAGCAAUCAUAGAAAAUGAUUUGGAAUUAGAAAAAAAUAAAAAUAUUGAAAAUCAACUAUUGAAAACAAAUUAUGAAAAUAAAAUUAAAGAUUUGAAA